AUGCAUGACAGCAAUUGUCGUAGCGUGAGGAAGGAGGGAGGGAUAGUGAGAACGGCUUCGCUGUUCCUUUUUCUUUUUGCCCUUCCUGUGACGAUGGUGGCGGCCCGGGAGUCCGUUGGUGCCAUGGACACUUCCUCCAUUGUGUGCACCUGCCGCUGCUGUUAUCAGGGCGGCUGCAGCCCCAUGCCAAACAUCACAUGGGUCGUGUCCACGUGUGACCGAUGUAGUACUGCGGUCUGCAACGAGUACAUUCGAAGCAAAGAGGUGCGCAUUGAGACGGCCCGUCUUUUUGAGGGCAUCGAGAGCGAUGAGCCUCUGCCAAGCAUUGAGGAACAACUGAAUGAGUGUAAGGUAAUCUCCGUCCUGGAGGCAGCAACAUGUUCCGGUCGGAACUGCAAGCGCACAACGACGAUUAAGGCCGAGUGCUACAACAGGGACGCACCGCUCAUCAAGUACUCCAUCAUUUCUUUUGUAAGCGUCACGGCUCUGGCUAUUGUGUUUGGACUCAUCAAGAAUCACAUCCCCGCUUUACAUGGCCUCAACGAAAAGUAUUUCAACUAUUGA